UUGCCUAGGGAAGUCAGAUUCUAUAAUUGAACAAGGAAUCAAACUGAGAGGGCCCACUUUCGUCUAGCCAGCCACCGCCACCGCAUCCCCCUCCUCGCCGCCGAUAGGGUCAGCUGCGCCGCCGUAAGCCGGUGAUCUGAUGUCCCAUCAGUUCUACUGCCUUCCCUACCGCUUUAACCUAACGAAGCCCCACCGAUGUCUAAGAAGGUGAUUACGAGGGAGGAAUGGGAGAGGAAGCUCAAGGAUGUGAAGAUCAGGAAGGAGGACAUGAAUAAGCUCGUCAUGAACUUUCUCGUUACGGAAGGCUAUGUGGAUGCCGCCGAGAAGUUCCGCAUUGAAUCCGGCACCGAGCCCGACGUUGACCUCGCCACAAUAACUGAUCGCAUGGCUGUGAAGCAGGCCUUGCAAUCUGGCAACGUCGAGGAUGCUAUCGAGAAAGUUAAUGAUUUGAACCCUACGAUUCUAGAUACCAAUCCUCAACUGUAUUUCCAUCUACAGCAACAGAGAUUGAUUGAGUUGAUUCGUAGUGGAAAGGUAGAAGAGGCUCUAGAGUUUGCUCAGGAGGAACUGGCUCCAAGAGGAGAAGAAAAUCAAAGUUUUCUAGAGGAGUUGGAGAAGACAGUUGCCCUCUUGGCGUUUGAAGAUGUAAAAAAUUGUCCUUAUGGAGAACUUCUAGACACCUCACAACGCUUGAAAACUGCAAGUGAGCUUAAUGCUGCCAUACUAACUAGCCAAAGUCAUGAUAAAGAUCCAAAGCUUCCUAGCUUGCUGAAAAUGCUGAUAUGGGCACAGAAUCAGCUGGAUGAGAAGGCUGCUUAUCCGAAAAUAAACAAUCUAACAACAGCAGCAGUUGAUGAUCCAGCAGUCUGAGUUCACAAAGACUAAUCAUAUUCUUAACCGAUCGGAAGGUUUGGUUAGGUAUUGCAGUUGAUCGAUGUGUAAAUUAAUGGUAUCAAAUGAUCCAUUGUGAUUGUAUCUCGUUUGGAUAUCGAACUUUCUUUGUCUUAUUUGGAUGUUUAUGUUGUAAUUGACCUUUUGUGCUUCGCUCCUUUUGCUAUCAUAUCCUAUAAACUGUGUAAAUUAGUUUGUUGUUUGAUAAUUUAUAUCUCAAAAUUGUUUUGUAAA